AUGUACUCUUAUUUUGGCCUCACCCGCUCUGACGAACAUACGGGCUCUGCAUUUAGAGCCGGGGAUUACAGAGUAGGAAAUAUAUAUUACACAGUAACCUGGAAAUGACUAAUUUUAUAAUUAAAAAGUAGAAAUUUGAGUUUUACUGCAAGUUGGUCUUACGGUUUGAUAGAUUUUUAUAGCAAUGUCACGUUUUGAAGUAAAAUAAUAAAAGUGCAUUUGAAUAAAAUUUUAAAAUCUUUAAACUAAUUAUUAUAGGUCACUAGAAAUCAAAAAAAGCAGUAAAAGUUACUGUUUAGCUUAAAAGUUAACUUUUGCCGAAUUUCAGAAGCCCGAACCCCCUGAUCCGUGGACUGGAAUACUGGAAUGUCGCAAAUACAGAUCUCGAUCAGUUCAAACUUCCUUCGUUUGGGACUUUGUUGAUGUUAGAGUACCCAUCAGCGAGGACUGUUUGUAUCUGAAUAUUAUUACUCCUGCUAGGCAGACCAAUGAAUUUCCUGUAAGUUUUUAAAUUUUAUUUUCAUUUUUGAAUUCUCAACAUAUGAAACUAUGAUUACCAUGUACAUUUUCAGAAAGGCUACGCAGUUAUGGUGUAUAUACAUGGAGGUGGUUACGUUAUGGACAGUGCAGCUAAAUAUCACUAUAGUAAAUGCGCAAAGUAAGUCAUAAUAUAUGUAGGCGUCUUCAUACUGUUAUAUUAUGAUUCAUACCGUUAUAUCUUGCUUCUUACCAUUACGUAAAAUAAAAUUUUUACCUUUUACUAAAAUACCCCUUUACAGAUACCUAGUGCGAAACAAUGUGAUAGUAGUGACGAUACAGUACCGUCUGGGACUGUUGGGCUACUUUUGUUUGGAUGAUGAACAUAUCAAGGGGAACUAUGGCUUCUGGGAUCAAGUCGUAGCUCUACAGUUUAUUCGAGAUAAUAUUUCAAAAUUUGGAGGUGAUCCAGCAAGGAUUACGGUAUUUGGACAAAGCGCCGGAGGCGCCGCUACUGAUCUCUUAUCUGUCUCACCUGUCUCCAGAAGUAAGUUUUAUUACACGUAUAUUUUAUUUUGAACUUAAUAUGUAUUAUUAAAUGUAUGAAAAUAAUGAAUAAUAUAAAAAGCAGAAUCACGUACUAAGCCCUUGUACAAAAAAAACCCUAACUUUAGACCUAUUUCAACGUAAGAUUUGCAUGGCUGGAUCGGCCGAAAACAAUUGGGCCAUCACCGACCGGUCAAAAGCAAUAGCCUACAGCAGAGAAAAGGCUAUGAAUAUUGGCUUUAAACCUCAAAAUAGUAAGUUUUUAAUCAACAAUUUUAAAACUUGAAUUUGAAAAUUUUAGGUAGAAAUGUCACAAACAUGUUUUUUUUUCAGGUUGGGAUGACAUUGACAACAAAAAAUGUCUGGACUUUUUAAGGAAACAACCUAGUCAAAAAUUCGGUCUAACUAUGGUUGGUAAGUUAAUUACAUAGUACUGUAACUUUUCGACGUGAAAUUAGUUUACAAUGACGUAAAUAUAUAUAUAAGCGUUUACUCAUAAUUUAUGUUUAGGUGAACGAGCAGUACUAGAUGAAAUGAGGUUACUAUUAGCUCCUGUAUAUGAUUCUGAAUUAUUACCUAGACCAAUUUGUGAAUUACGAUUGGAAACAGAACCCAAAGACUCGAUUACCGGUAUUUGUGCUCACGAAGGAUUAUUGUUUUGUAAGUUUACAGCGUCUAAUCUAGUAGGUGGCUACUCCAUCCUUACAAAAUUUGUAAAAUUAAAGAGUCUUUCUCUAUUCUACCUCAGUUGAAAAUAAUUUAUGAGAUAAAAUAUAAAUUAUAGAGAUAAAUAUUUCAUUUUCAGUAUUGUUAAGCCGACGAUCUGCAAACAAAAAAUUACUGGAGCAGUUUGAAGGCAAUGUUACCAAAAUGUUGAAUGCUCACGAUCAUCUUGUAGCGCCAGAAGACAGAAUAUGCGACGACGAAUUCAGGGAGCUAUACGGCAUAGCAGAAAGUAUGAAAAGAGACAAGAAAAGAGUUCAGAAAGCUUGUUUGGAAGUAAGUAUAAUAUGAAAGACAGAGUUAAUAUUGAUUAUCGUAUCUUUAAAAUAUUCUAAGAGUUGUCAUAAGAGCUAGCUUAUGAAGGAGAUCACCUAUAAUUUAAAAGACGAUUUCUGAGACCGUGAAGCAAGGUGUGCACUAGAAACUUACCCCCUGUUUUUAUUUGCUAAAUCCAUGAGAUAGACGGUCUUAAGGUAUGUGGUAAAGUGAUUUCGGACAAAAUGCCGUUUUGGCACUUUUAUGCCAUUUUUUGUUAACAUACUGUUAAAAUGUACCAAAAAAUCAAUAGUCCGCCAAAUGUUCUGAAAAUUUGUACACUUACGUUUUUGACCAUGCCAAAAAAUAUUGUAAUUGAAAAUUUUUUUCUAUCGGUACCGUAACCUACCGCAAUCCAACCGGUCGAUUAUAAAAGUGCAAAUAUCUAAAAAGUUAACACCGAUCUUCACAGGCAAUUUUUGCAUAUUUAAAAUCUCCAUGAAAUUUAGGUCAGCAUAGGCUAUACACCCGUUUCUAGUCCGAUGGGUUUUGGGGGUUUUUGGUCGAUUCAAAAAUUGCGGUAGCAGACCGUGCAGAAAAUAAAAUUUUUUAAGAAAUCCAAUAAUGCAUCAAACGUUUUAAAAUUGUGGAUAGUUAUGUUUUUGACCAUGCCAAACAAUAUUGCAAUUGAAAUUUUUUUUUUAUCAUUACCGUAACCUACCGUAAUCCAACCGGUCGAUUAUAAAAGUGCAAAUAUCUAAAAAGUUAACACGGAUCCUCAUAGGCAAUUUUUGUAUAUUUAGAAUCUACAUGAAAUUUGGGUUAUCAUAGGCUAUACCCCCGUUUCUAGUCCGAUGGGUUUUGGGAGUUUUUGGUCGACUGAAAAAUUACGGUAACACACUGCCUAAAAAUUUAAAAUUUUACUACAGCUUUGCUAAUGCACUGAUAAGUCUAAAAAUUUGCAUAUUUACGUGUUUUACCAUGCUGAACACCUUUGUAAUAUAAUUUUCUCCCUGAAGGUACCGUAACCCACCGUAAUCUGACCGGUCGAUUAUAAAAGUGCAAUUCUCUAAAAAUUUAACACGGGUGUCCUUAGUCAAUUUUAGCAUAUUUAGAAUCUAAAUAAAAAGUAGAUAUUGAUAGGCUAUAAGCUCAUCUUUAAAACUGCCAAUUUUGAGGAUAAUCGACCGGCCGGAUUACGGUAGGUUACGGUAUUUUUAAAAAACGAUUUUUUAUUACGAAGUUGUUUAGCAUAGUCAAAAACAUAGCCAUGCACAGUUUCAAAGCGUUCGAUGCAUUAUUGGAUUUAAAAAAAAAUUAUUAUUUGCACGGUCUGCUACCGUAAUUUUUCAGUCGACCAAAAACCCCCAAAACCCAUCGGACUAGAAACGGGGGUAUAGCCUAUGAUAAUCCAAAUUUCAUGGAGAUUCUAAAUAUGCAAAAAUUGCCUGUGAAGAUCCGUGUUAACUUUUUAGAUAUUUGCACUUUUAUAAUCGACCGGUCGGAUUACGGUAGGUGCGGUACCGAUAGAAACAAAUUUUCAAUUACAAUAUUUUUUGGCAUGGUCAAAAACGUAAGUGUACAAAUUUUCAGAACAUUUGGCGGACUAUUGAUUUUUUGGUACAUUUUAACAGUAUGUUAACAAAAAAUGGCAUAAAAGUGCCAAAACGGCAUUUUGUCCGAAAUCACUUUACCACAUACCUUAAAACCGUCUAUCUCAUGGAUUUAGCAAAUAAAAACAGGGGGUAAAUUUCUAGUGCACAUGUUUGUUACAGGAUGCUUCACGGUCUCAGAAAGUCUCUUUUAAUGCAAUUCAAAACAAAAAAGGUCAUAACAAUGCAUAAUAUAAAAAAUACAUUGGUAAUAAUAUUGCACAUUUCAGAUGAUGGAUGACUUUAUAAACAAUACCCCCAUCUACAACUACAGCAAGAACAUGGUGGAAAACGGUGGUAAAUGUUACUUAUACCUAUUUGAACAUUACAAUCCAUCGCUUUUCCAUGGAUUCAAUCUCUUCAUGCCUUUUACUGGUAAGAUCUAUAGCGUGAAAGGCCUUUUACAAUAGCUUUUGUGUUGAAGUUCUAUCCUAAUCAAAAAAGUAUAGAACUUCAGCACAAUCAUUUUUACCCUUUUAUCUGACUUUGCCUUCCAAAAAUACUAUUAAAAAACCACUAAUUUCAGCAGCAACCCACUGUACUGAACUGGCCUACGUAUUUGAUGUCAACGUGUUACUAAAGCCUUGGAGGCGAACGAAAGAAGACAUUAAAGUAAGGAAUAUGAUAACAACAAUGUGGACCAACUUUGCCAAGUAUGGAAACCCGAAUUCAGUGAGAUUCGACUUCAAUUGGGCACCGUCAACCAUCGAGAAUCCAGGACAACAUCUCGUGAUCACGGAACGACCACAGAUGAGGACCGAAUUCGAGUUCGAACAACGGGUCAAAAAGUUGUCGCCGUUCUUCACAGCCUACAACAAAGCGUUAUUCCCGAGUGGAACUGUUAAUGAACACGAUACCUGUACAUAA